AUGGGUCCACUGCAAGUCCACCGGCCUCCCCAGCGACUCUCCUCCAUGGUGCAUUGUGCCAACCCAUAUCACGGGCUGGGCAUCAUCGACCCAAAUAAUACAUGCCAGGGCGACCUCGCCGACUGCAUCCAGGACACCUGGCCAGAAAGCCAAAUGAUCUCCACUGUGUGGACCUCAAACCUGUCUAACGACUUGUGUGCCAGAUACCUCGCCCAGAGGGUGACAGACUUCAUGCUGUGUGGCGGGGAAGAAAGCCGUUCCAGCAGUGACAGCCUCACGCUACUCAAGCUGAAAGCACCAACCACCAACUCCGACGCCACCAGCUCCACCGGCAGCGCCCCAAGUGUGCCAGCCCAGACCCGGGUGGGGCUGGGAACUUAUAAAUUCAAGUAUUCAGAUACCUGCUCCCCUUCUUCUGGCAUCCAAGCUGCCCAGAUGAAGCUGGGGGAUCUGGAGGGGGCAAGGUGCCACAAGAGAAAAGAUUGUGUCCUGAGGGAUCCUCCUCUGCUUCCUCUCCCAGCGGCCCAGCACCACUCCGCCAAGAGGCUGAAAGGUGAGGCGUGUGUGCCCCACUCCCAGCCGAGGCAAGCGGCCCUCUUGGAGCGUGGACGCUUUAACUGCGGUGUUUCCCUCACUCUGCAAGCCGGAUGCUGUCUGCUGCCCACCGCCACACCGGGGGCUAGAACUAUUGGCUUCAGCGCCUCGGACACAGAGGGUAAAGGCAUCUCCAGAUUCCCCGAGGGCUUCAUGAGCGUGCACCUAGGCGAGCACAAUCUGCGCAAGCGCGAUGGCCCGGAAGUGCUGUGGACUGUGGCUCGCCUCGUCCCACACCCGUGCCACGAAGCGCGCAGCCAUCGCCACGACGUCAUGUUGCUACGUCUAACCCGGCCCACGUGCCUCUCCCAGCCAGUGCGUCCCGUCGCGCUGCCCACGCGUUGUCCCCAACCAGGCGAGGCCUGCGUGGUGUCCGGCUGGGGCCUGGUGACAGAUGACAAGCCUGGGACCAAAGGGAGCACAAGGUCACAAGUGAGUCUCCCAGAUAUGCUGCAUUGUGCCAACAUCAGUGUUAUCCCGGCCACAUCUUGUAGCAAGGACUACCCAGGGCGCCUUAUGAGCACUACGGUGUGUGCAGGAGUAGAAGGCGGAGGCACGGACUCCUGUGAGGGUGACUCCGGGGGACCCCACACAGGGUGGCUGGUCUGUGGGGGAGUCCUGCAGGGAAUCAUGUCCUGGGGUGACGUCCCCUGUGACACUACUCACAAGCCUGGUGUUUAUACCAAAGUCUGCAGCUACUUGGGGUGGAUCAGGGACACCGUGAAGAGGAACUGACUAUUUUGAUCUACCGCCUGUGUCUCUGACUGAGCAGAAACUCCUGUAGCUGGCCAGCCACCCCAUCCUGACCUGGGACAGAACUGAGCCAUCCCUU